CCAAUGCUAAACAUCAGACACCCAACUCUAAACCUCAAACGCCCAACUCUAAACCUCAAACGCCCAAGGCUAAACCUCAAACACCAAAUUCUAAACCUCCUAGUAGAGGUUCCCAAACAAAACCAGCCACUCCAAAUAAAACAAUUCAAUCUAAGCCAACUACGCCUAACACUGAGAGAUCAAAGCCCUCCACUCCCCAAGUAGCUGGCUCUCCUAAACCUCCCACACCCACUCAAUCCAAGCCAAACAGUCCUGCCAAGGAUUCCAAACCUGGCACCCCACACCCCAACAAAGGUGAAAACACCAGCCUUACUACAUCUAAGAAUGAUGUCCCCAAUGAACCUGAAGCAAAGAAGGAAGAGGUCAGUGAAAAUGACACUAUUAAUGACAACAAGGACUUAGUCGAUGAUAAGGAUGCAGGAACACAGGAUAAAGAAAAUACAUCCCCUAAUGAAAGCCAAUCAGAACAAAACUAAAGUUUAAAAGAUACCAGGUCAGGUUGGACAUCAACAUAGGAUAUCAUACAAUAUUGGAUAUUACCGGACAUUUGACAUUACACACUGGAUACUACACAGGAUUG